UCGUGAUGUAUGUGGACCUUCAAUUGAACUAGUCUAAUAUGGUUAUUAGUCUUAUCUGGAGAGGAGAUCAAAGUGUUUAAAUAAAAUUAAAUAAAUUUGCUGUUGUCUCUUAUAUCAUUUGGAAACACUCAGUCCGUUAGUGUUAAGGAGUGAACGGACCAUUGCGGGCUUAACUUCUUCGUUUGGAUCUAUACCAUCAUACUAAAACGGAUGAUAGCCCAUCAACUGUCACUCACUGAACAUUAUUCGUAUUUUGAACCAAAAUGGAAGUGCACGUUAAGCAUCAUAGCGACAGAAAUAAUAAUAUUAGAUUAAACAACAAACAUGCGAGUUUCUGUGGUUCAGUAAUUCAGUUUAAUUGGAAAGAAAUGGGCUUGCUUUGUAUUCAAAACUGGAAAUGUAUGCUUCCACCUCUAUUGGCUUUAUUGUGUUACGUUAACGGACUCAACGGCGAAUUUGUGCAUGACGACGUUUUUGCCAUUAAACGUAAUCCUGACGUGAGCGGUGCGACGUCACUGGGUGACGUAUUUCAGAACGACUUCUGGGGAAGGCGCAUUUCUCUCAAUACCAGUCACAAGUCUUACAGACCUCUCACAGUUCUGACAUUUCGAUUAAACCGCAGAUUACUGGGCCCAGACCCUUUUUAUUUCCACGUGGUUAAUGUGUUUCUGCACGUGCUGGUGACGUCUAUGUUCGUGCGCACGUGUCGCGACGUUCUCCAUGUGGGAAGGACGUGCUCGGCUCUAGCGGGCUGCCUGUUCGCGGUCCACCCUGUGCACGCUGAGGCGGUGACGGGUAUUGUGGGUCGGGCGGAUGUUCUCGCGGCUGCGUUCUUCCUCCUCGCUCUCGGACUGUACACGAGAACCGCUGCGUUCUCGCCUUGCUCCCCUUCCGGUAUGGCGUCCCUGGCCGGCGCGCUGGUAUGCGCGAUGGCUGCAAUGUUGAGCAAGGAGACGGGAGCCACGGUGCUGGGAACCAUGGUAGUCUAUGAACUACACAGACACUACACACGGAAGACGGAUAAGACAGACACAUUCAUCAGGUUGACGUCUGUCUUGAUAUUCACCGUUGUGCUGUUGUGUGCCCGCGUGAAUCUAAUGGGAGGCACGUUACCAGCGUUCACGCCGCAUGACAACCCGGCAGCGUUCGCAACGAGCAUGCUGACAAGGUGGUUCACGCAUGCUCACAUCUGGACGUAUAACAUGUGGUUGCUGCUGGCCCCGGCGCGGCUGUGUUACGACUGGCAGCACGGUUCCAUCCCGAUCGUGCACGCCUUAACCGACAUGCGUAACCUAGUAACCGUCGCCAUGGCGACAAUCGGCUGUUACCUUGGUUACAAGCUUCUAGUAUCAUUUACAAAGGAGAGGCGGUUGUUGUGGUCUGUUGUGCUGCUCCUACUGCCCCUCUUUCCGGCGUCCAACAUCCUCUUCACCGUCGGUUUCGUCCUGGCAGAGCGCGUACUCUAUAUACCCAGUUUCGGCUUCUGUCUGCUCGUUUCCACCGGAGUGUGUCACGUGUGCCGUGAGUGGCGGCACUAUCGACGUCACGUGAUCACGUGUUUCUGGCUGCUGAUACUUCUGCAUGCAGCAAAGACUUUCACACAAAAUCAGAUCUGGAAGGACAGAGAAACACUCUUUAGGUCCGGGUUGGCGGCGAUGCCACACAACGCAAAGGUGCACUACAACUACGGCAACUUCCUGAAAGACGCCGGCCGCCGGGAUGAGGCUAUUCAGCACUACAGGGAGGCUAUCAGACUAGAUCCAACCUACGCCAGCGCCCUAAACAACCUUGGUGUCCACCUGCAGGAUCGACAGGAGGCAGAGAUACACUUCCGGGAGGCCAUCCGUAUCCUUCCUUCCCACCAGGGCGCACACAUCAACCUCGGAAACAUUCUGUUCAAACGCGGUGAACGCGAAGCUGGUUUCAGGCUGCUAGAGAGGGCGGUGGAGCUGGGACCAGGGAACCCGGACGCCCUGACAUCCCUUGGGUACAGCUUGAUGGAACUGGGUCGACUGCAGGAGGCGGAACACUCCCUCGAUGCCGCACUUCACAUCAGCCCGGACUUCCGGGAGGCGCUGUUAAACUAUGGUGCGCUGAUGAAUAAAAUGGACAAUCACGAGGCAUCUGCCCGCCUGUACAUGAGGGCGCACUCUCUGGAGCCUGGGGAUCCCGGGACACUCGUGUCCGCCGCCUCUGCCCUCCACAAGUCCGGUGAUAAAGCUGGAGCCGAGGCCGCCCUAAAACAGGCACUUUCAAUACGGCGAGACGCGGCGACAUUGGAACAGCUGGCGGUGCUCUACUACGGCACCGGACGGACAACCGACGCCCUCACCCUCUACAAGAACGUCGCGAGAAUGGGUUCCGAGGCAUCCGUUGAUGCCAUGCUUAGAUAUGCAAAGAUUCUGGCCUCCGAGGAGCAGUUGGUCGAAGCGGAACGAAUUCUAACGGAUCUUGUUGUACAAUUGCCAAAGAAUGUAGAAGUGUUGGACACCGCUGCUAAGGUUCAGAGCAGACUCGGUAAAUAUCAGGAGGGACUUUCCCUGUUCACCCGGGCGAUCAACCUAACCCGGGGCGGGGCGGAAGGCGAUCUGGGGGACAUGCUCUACAACAGGGGAACCAACUUCAAGGACUUGAAACAGUUCAAACAAGCGCUCCGGGAUUUUGAAUCGGUCUUGAGAAUCACUCCUGACCACGUUUCAUCGCUCGGCAACAUCGGCGCUAUUUACCAUAUGAAUGCAGUGAUGCAAACUUCCAUGGGGGAUUUGAAGAAAGCCCGCCGACACUACGAACGUGCCCUAGCUCUGGAGCCGGGCAACAGCAUUAUAAGAGACAACGUAGAGAAGCUAGCCCGGCUUGAAAACCAUAGAGUAGACGGGGCGCACUGAUUUGUUGCUGCAGUCACACAACCACUACGACCGGCUCCUGGCGCACGUCUUGUCUGAGAGCGAGCGGGACGGCGGAGCGGGUUGAUAUGUUAUCGUAGUCACACAACCACUACGGCCCUGUCCUGGUACUCGUCUUGUCUGAGAGUGAGCGGGGCGGGUUGAGCUUUUAUCGUAGUUCUGGUGCUCGUCUUGUCUGAGAGCGAGCGGAAUGACGGAGCGGACUGGGUUGUUAUCGUAAUGAUUGAGUCCUGGUGCCGGGCAUUAAUAAAACAAAUAUGUCUGUCAAGCUCGCCUAGCUUAGCGGCAUGAUAGUCUUAAGUGGCACCGUAGUUAUCCAUCACUAACUACAACCACAACUCACAACUCACCACACUACACCAUCACGUACAGUCCCGUUCCGUUAGUAGAGCCGGGGAUGUCUCUAACGAAUGCAGUGCGAUUGAAUUAGGUCGAACCCUUAUUAGCCUGAGCUAAGAGACGCCUAUUUUACAAUUGUUCAAAUACCGGUAUAUAUCAUAUGUGGGUAUGCAUAUUAUGUAUUGGUCCCUGAUAUCAAUGCCAUGGGCGUUAAGUUGCCGAGGCAUCGAAGUAAAAGCAGAACCAGACAGAUUCAUUGUAGUGUGAACUAUCUUGGAUAUGCACCAUAGCAAUGAAUGUCUGACUCCUCGUUGUAGAUUAAGUCACUCCCACAUUGAACGAAAAGUAUGACCGACUUUCAGAAUUCCCCAGAAGUUGCUUGUUGAAUGUACAGGUUACUGGUCAAGAUGAUUAAUGUCGAUGUUAUAAAUGUUUUUUUUAGCUUGAAAGCAUGAUACAAGUAAAGAAUAAUAAGAGAUAUAACUCUAUCAUAUAACUUAUUAUUUUUUCAUUAUGGUAAACACUUUUGAUCACAUGCUGAUCACGUUGUUAGAAUCGGUGGAAUUGUUGAAAUUUGACAAUGUUGUUUACACCGUUGCUAGGCAAAAGAUAUGAUUAAUUGAAUGCAAAACAUAAAAUAUUAUCAAUGUUAUUGUAAAAUGAUUUGAAUCAAUAAUAUAACAUUCAGUGUUCAUCUGUAUUGUUCUUGUUCUUAUAUAUGGGACGCAUUUUCUUUCGGCUGUGGACAUUUGUCCCAAGUUACAUGUAUAUGAUAUUGUAUUCACUGUUAAAUAAAUCUUGAAUGGGUU